AGUAGAGUUGUUCCGAUUCCGAUACCAGUAUCGGAAAUGCGGCCGAUACCACAAAAAAUUAUGGCAUCGGAAUCGGCGAGUACUUGAACCCAUGUACCGAUCCGAUACCAUUUUCUUACUAAACCUAGUUAUGCCCGUUAUAGCUAACGCUGCAAAGCGAAACUCAUUUCUUCUUCGCUGCUCUGAAUGCAAACACCAGGAAGUUACCUCAUGCGUGACGCAACCACUGUUUACUUAGAGCGGCAAAGAAAUGAAAGCAUGCAGCCGUAUGUCCGCUGUUUGUUAGUAUUUCAGACUAAUAAAACAAAACAUCGACAUGUCUCAACGGAAUCCGCGCCCGCAGAUUUUGGCGGAGUACUCAACGGAGUUAAUGCCCGUGAUUGACAAGCACACAUACCCCGCGCUUGAGCGCGUUUGGGACAAUAACGGUUGGCCACAUCUCUUUGAUAACUAUUUUGGGAUCCCGAGCAAUGACCUUGGUGCAAAGUCAAAUGCCUGCUUGCUUGGGACCGUCUCAACUGAGUGCCAGUGCAGAGAUCUGGAGCUGGACUGUGAUGAUGCACACUUCAAAGAUGUCCCAUCUGUAUCUGUUAAUGUCACCAUGAUAUCUCUGCAGAGGAACCAUCUGAAAACACUGCAUUCCGAUAUGUUUUUCAAGUACCAGAGCCUCCAGAAGCUAUAUCUCCAGUUUAACCAAAUUAAAGUGGUGCACCCGCAUGCUUUCCGAGGUCUCUACAAUCUGACAAGGCUAUAUCUUAGCUAUAAUCGAAUCACCACUUUAGUACCUGGAGUAUUUCUGGACUUGCACAAACUAGAAUGGCUGAUUCUGGAAAACAACAAUCUUCAUCACAUCACAUCUUUGACCUUCUCUGGUUUACGUUCUCUCGUGCUCCUAGUCUUAUUGAACAAUGCUCUUACAAAGCUAGAUGAUAUAUGCUCGGAGAUGCCACGAUUGAAUUGGCUAGACGUUGAAGGAAAUAAGAUAGAAAGCAUUGGAAACGUUACCUUCAGGUCCUGUAACAUGUUAACAGUGCUGGUCCUCCAGAGGAACCGCAUUAGUUACAUCCACGAGCGAGCUUUCUCUCUUCUUCAUAAAUUGGGCGAGCUGGAUUUGUCCAGUAACAGAAUCGAAGCAAUUCCUCUUUAUCUUUUCCUGAAUCUUGGCGAUUUGCUUCAGCUAAAUAUUUCAUAUAACCCCAUCAUGGAUCUAAGAGUGAACCAUUUUGAAAAGCUUCAUAAACUGAAGUCACUGAGCAUUGAGGGAAUUGAAAUUGGGAACAUUCACAGACAGAUGUUUGAGCCUCUCAGAAAUCUCACUCAUAUCUAUUUUAAAAAGUUCCAGUACUGCGGGUAUGCGCCUCACGUCCGCAGCUGCAAGCCAAACACUGAUGGCAUUUCAUCUUUUGAGGACCUGUUGGCCAACAUCGUGCUGCGUGUCUUUGUCUGGGUUGUCUCUGCAACGACCUGCUUCGGCAACAUCUUUGUGAUCUGCAUGCGGUCCUAUAUUCGCUCUGAGAACAAGCUUCACGCCAUGUGCAUCAUAUCCUUAUGCUGUGCAGAUGGUUUGAUGGGUGUCUACCUCUUCAUGAUCGGAGCGUAUGACCUGAAGUUUCGUGGUGAGUAUAACCGUCACGCUCAGGCCUGGAUGGAUAGCACACCGUGCCAGGUGAUCGGAUCUCUAGCCAUGCUCUCGACUGAGGUCUCAGUGCUCCUCCUGACCUACCUCACCCUGGAAAAAUACAUCUGCAUCGUCUACCCGUUUCGUUACCUGACCCCUGGUCGCAGACGCACAGUUACUGUACUGGUGGCCAUCUGGAUUUUGGGAUUCAUCAUUGCUUUUCUGCCUCUGGUCUGUAAAGGAGUGUUCAGAAACUUCUACGGAACCAAUGGUGUGUGUUUUCCUUUGCAUUCUGAGCAGCCGGAAACUCUUGGCGCGCAAAUGUAUUCAAUUGUCAUAUUUCUCGGUCUGAAUCUGGUGGCUUUUCUCAUCAUCGUACUGUCCUAUGGAAGCAUGUUUUACAAUAUUCAGAGAACAGGAACGCAAGCGACCAAAUAUAGCAACCACAUAAAGAAAGAGUUGACAAUUGCCAAACGCUUUUUCUCCAUUGUGAUCACUGAUUCGCUGUGCUGGAUUCCCAUUUUUAUUCUCAAAAUUUUAUCACUAAUGGAAGUCGAAAUACCGGGAACCAUCAGUUCGUGGGUUGUAAUCUUCAUUCUGCCAAUCAACAGUGCUCUGAACCCCAUUUUGUACACACUGACUACCCGGCCCUUCAAAGAGACGCUGCUGCAGGUGUGGUCCAACUACAGACAGCGGAGACCCCUCUUCACUAGCCAUCCGUCUCAUCUGCCUUCGUUCACAUGCCAAGAAAUGUGGCCUCUGCAGGAAACCAGCCAAACACUCUGCUCACCUGACUACUUGGCACACCCAUCUGAAGUGACCAAUACAUCUGGGACAUCCCAGUUACUGCCUAUGGAAGGGUCAAAUGGGACAUGAAAUUGUCUGAAUCUGGUCCUGCUGUCCACUUCACCUCAUUUCCAGGACUGAUUACAACAAAACAUACAUUUUUGAAUGUUUAUUAAUGUUUACAUGCAUGUACACCAAAGCGUUUAAAUGUGGCUAAAACACCGGACAAUUGUCAACUGUAGGCGCUUGCCAGCUUUAUUUCAGUUAAGUGCUUAGGUUGCUAUGAUACUUCUGCUUUGCUUAUCAGUUGUUGAAUGUUGCACCGGUUGGUUGUUGUGAUGUUUGUCCCUCUCCUUGUGAACUGAGCGUUUUACCCAAAGUUCAGCAUUUUUUAACUCUCAGCAUUCAGCACUGAGUGUGGAAAAACCGCAGAGUGCCGGUGCUCAGCGCGGACAACAGGCGCCAGCUGCUGCUGUUUUUAAAAAAAUUGGAAACAUACGCUGUCGUAAACGCUUUGGUGUGCACGCUACUUUACUCACCACUGGGAUAAUAAUGACAGACUGCAUAUAAACAAUGCUUGCUUUCAUUUGUGUUAAAGGCGGAGUGCACGAUUUCUGAAAAACGCUUUGGAAAAGGGAGUCGGGCCGACUACCAAAACACACUUAUAGCCAAUCAGCAGUAAGGGGCGUGUCUACUAAACAACAUUGUUGCCUGGGUUCCGUAUGUGUGGGGCGGGUCUAUCAAAAGAUCAGAAGGUCCAGAUUCUAUUGGGGUAGUGCCGUGUUUGUUUAGAUGAUGUCAAAUGUCAACACUAGCUUUCAGAGAUCAUGGACCCUGCCUUUAAAGAGACAGAAAGAACAAGAGAUACAAAAACAGACAGUGCUUGUAACAGUUCAGCACUUAAUGUAUAACUUUCUAGAUUCUAGAUUUUAACAUAAGCUAAAAUUGUAGAAUAAAAAAAAUCAUGCUGGGAUUCACUGCUGAACCCUCUGGAGGGCCGUGGGCCUAUCAGUGGAACACCCAGGAAAGAGGGCGCCCACUUGACAACCCACGGAUUCUCAACGGUGCCUCGGGUAAGUAUUAAGGCAUAUCAACAUCAAGUGAGUCCUAUACAACAGAUCUGUUCAAUACAAAACCAAUACAUGCUAUACCUUCUAAAAUAAACUUGUCACAUUGUAAACUGUGAACAAUUAAGCGUAAACAUUAGACAUAAGUUAUUCGUUUUUCUAGACAGUAUACCUAGCUGGUGACACAUUAUGUCAUCUGUUUUGAAAGAAUGUGUGUUAAAAUGUUAGGGGGUGUGCACACCAAAGUUUUUAAAGCGGCUGAAAACGCCUGGAGGACGCUGAAUGCCAGCUGUUUCUUCAGCUGAGCUCUUUGGUUGCUGUGAUACUGCGCCAGUUGGUUGUUGUUAUAUUUGUCCUGCCCCUCCUCCACUGUGAUUGGAUGGCCGUGUGAGAACUGACAUUGACAAGCUGAGCUUUUCACCAAAGUUGAAUAUUUUUCAACGCUAGCUGGCUUUGGAAACAAUUGAAAACAUACACCGGCAGUGGGCGUAAAAGCUUUGGUGUGCACACUCUCUUAGGGGUUGUGCACACCAAAACUUUUACGCACACAGUCAGCAAAUGUUUUCAAUUGUUUAGGGUUAGGGUUAGCUCUGCGUUUUUCAAAUAAGCCAGCAGCUAGCGGUUUUCUUACGCGCUGAAAACUGGCGCCCGGCGGUUUUUCCGCACUCAGUGCUGAGCGUCGAGAGUUGAAAAAUGUUCAACUUUGGAUGAAAAGCUCCGGUCGUCAAUGUCAGUUCUCACGAGGCCGUCCAAUCACAGUGGAGGAGGGGCGGGACAAGUAUCACAGCAACCAACUGUCUCACAGCUGACGUAUCAGAGCUGCCAAAGUGCUUAGCUGAUGAAAGCUGUCACUCAGCUGAAAAACAGCUGGCAUUCGGCGUUGUCCAGGCAUUUUCAGCCACGUUUAAAAGUUUUGGUGUGCACAACCCCUUAAUCUUUCCACUGCUGACAAAGUCUGUCAGUUAUAAAACAUGUUUAAAUCAUCUUGGCAUGAAACACCAGGGGCUAAAUAUACUUUAACCUCAAAUUGAAUUCCUUCAUUUUUUUUUUUUUUUUUUUUUUUUGAUUUAUCAUUUAACAAAAAGAAGAAAACGCACAGGGACGGUUUCCCAGACAGGGCUUAACUAGUAUUAAACUAAAGUGUGUGUUGUACUGGCUCAACUGAGAACAGCUUGCGCUGACAUUUUUAAAAAUAUAUCAGUGUUUUGUCUCAAGAUGCACAAAAGUAAUGUGUUUUGUAAGGUAUGUUUGUAAAAACAUUUAAACAUCCUUAUAUAACUAAGUCCUAGAUCUGAAUUAAUCUAAACCGUGUUUUAAAAACUGCUUGUUACAGUUAAUUAAGACAUGUUUUUCAUUUGCCUUGUGCAGAAUUUAUUAUGCAUACAGUUUUUUACGAUUGCUAUGACAGAUUUUUCAAUACUUUUAACAAAUUUUCUAAACUCUUAACACACCAACACACCUAAAACACACAACUGGCAAAACAGUUAAUUUUAUCCUCAAAAUCACACAUUGUAAACUAAACUCUCACACUGUUUACAAAAACACUGUAAACAUGUUUCAGAAGCAACUAGUUAUACCAGAUCACCAACACAUGUUCUCUCCCAACAGAAACAUUUAGUCAAUCAUAACACAAUGUCAAGAAAAACACAAACAUAAGAUGGAAAAACAAAAACUGCAUACGUUUAUGUGUAAGUCUGUCCUUAUACAACAAACAGUUGUUUGUAUGAUUAUAGACUGAGUUUUGCACUGCAGUUUCUUUUGAAAACUUGGUUAUAUUUUUGUUUAGUUGGGUUUAGUAAAUACAUGUAUUAUGUUUGUUUUGCUACAGAAAUUCAAGACAAAAAUGAAUCAUUCAUCUUAGAGUACAGUUUAUGAAAAAAGGUAGAAUUGUUGCAGUAAAGACUUUACAGUAUUUCCAACAGGACAUUACUGCAAGAUAACAAACAUAUUGAAUAUUACUUCCAUUUACAGUAAAAAAGUAAAAAUAAACAAAUACAAACAGAAAAAGCCACUGAAGAAUAAAGUAAAAAGAAAAUCUCAUCAUCUACUGUAAUCUAUUGCGUUUCUAUUUGGCCACAUGUUCUCAUUCACAUUACACCUGAUUUUUCUCUGGCAAGGCAUCUUGUGAAGAACUUUUUGCCAUGUCUUAUCCACCUCUGACAGUGUUCAAGUGUGAUGUCUGGGAAUGCACCAUCUAUUACAUCCAGGUGGGACUGGAGAAAAACCUCUCCCUUGUCAUGGUGGUCUUCCGCUGAUUCGUGCAGACAUAUAUCUUAUUUUUGUGUUGCUCAUAUUGUUUCUUUUCCACACAAGAUUAACCUAAAGAGCCCCUCUUUUACUCUAUUCUAUUGUAUACCAUAUGGUCAUGCAAUUGAAAGAACCUGAGUGUGUUUCCUAGGUGGGAAUCAGCUGUGAUUUAUAUAUUUGCAUUGGUACAAUAAGUUGUUUUUCAAUCCCAAUGGAAUAAAAUACAGGGGAUAUAUUUAUGUUUCAAUUCAUCAUAUAAACAGCUGUUUACUUUGACUAUAAGUGAGGUUUAGCACAUGAUGUUAUCUGUUUUGACAUGC